ACAUAUUAUGUUAAUGCUAUUUAAAUUGUUUUCACAACAAUUGUUGUAGUCUAAGUGUACAGAUUGCUUGUCUACAGUAUAGCUAUUAGUAAUCCUCUGGACUACCAAUUUCCAGACAUCACGCAUAUUGUGACAAUAGACAGGCUCUCAUGUAGUCAGCUAUGAGCAACAGAAUAUGACGCAGCGAGGGUCCUAACAGGAAAAAAAUGGCGGCCUACAUGCUGUGCAGAAGGACAGCAAUGUUUUGCUGGGCUAUUCGAGGGCUUUCUUCCAUAAAGUCGUAUAUUCCUGUAAGCGCACAAUGUGGGCUUUUACAGCAGAUAGCACACUAUAAUCCUAAACCACUAAAAUUAAAUCUGAAAAAUCCGUACAUACCAGAUAAGGACAGCGAGAAUACUCCGGAAUGGCAGAAGACCGCAAAGUAUGACCGCAAGCUAUUUGGGCGUUAUGGCUUUUCAUCAGGGGUCAACCCGGCCGAACUGUGGCCUAGUCAUGCCCAGCUCGAAGAGAUGAUAGCAGAAGAGAGGGAAUGGAACCCUCCGCUCGAGGUGUUGUUGAAGAAUGUAGAGGCUAAAGAGAUGGAAGCCAAUGCGAAACGUCUUGGGAGAGAGAAACUGAUUGCAGGAAAUAUGGCCAAGAUGCCCAAGAUGGUGGCUGACUGGAGGAGAGAAAAACGGGAAGCGAAACUGAAGUUGAAAGAAGAGAAGGCCCGGCGUGAUCGGCUGUUGGCUGAAGCCAGAGAGCGCUUUGGCUACGCUUUGGACCCCCGAAGCCCCAAGUUCCUGGAGAUGGUUAGUGAUAUUGAGAAGGAAGAGAAAAAGAAAAAGAAGCUGCUGAAACGUAGACUGAAAGAAGAGAGCUUUUCCCCUCCUGCUGCCUCUCCUGCUUCGUCCUCGUCAUAAGACACAUUGUCUGACUUUGUAAAUAGGACUUUUGUACAUUUUCUUUUUUUUUUUUUUGCUGUAAUAAAUAAACCCCAUUUUACAUAGAUGUAACACCUC